GGCUGUCUUCUCAAAUAUUAUUAAUUUCCUUUCAUCAUUUGCCAUUUACUACAUAGCAUCUUCUCAACUGAUCAAUCUUGCUAAACAUCAUAAUUCUAAGCUAAAAAAGAAUUAUACACAUUCUUCUCACCAUGGCUGGUGUCUCCCUUCUCCCAGCGGAGGUACUGCUGUCGAAGCGCGUCCAAGAAAUGGUUCUCGACGGCGAAGAGCCCCCACAUCUCUACGUAUGUCGAGAUGGUGUCGAAGCUGAAGAAGACGUUCCAUCUCAGUUAUCUCCAAUACCCAUAGUUGACCUCAGUAUCCUUUCAUCUUCAGAACCAUGUGCUGAGCAUGAAGUUGAACUACAUAAACUUAGAUCAGCACUAUGUUCAUGGGGCUGCUUUCAGGCAAUAGGUCAUGGAAUGUCAACUUCUUUCCUAGACAGGAUUCGCCAAGUGGGAAAGGAAUUCUUUGAACAACCAAUGGAAGAGAAAAGGAAAUACUCUAAAGGAGUUGAAGAGUUCCAAGGGUAUGGGGCAGACCCUGUUCCUGAAGAAGGUCAGCCUCUUGACUGGUCUGAUCGCCUCUUUCUUGAUGUUCAUCCUGAAGAUCAAAGAAAUUUCGGAAUUUGGCCUCAAAGCCCCACUUCCUUCAGAUGUGUUUUAGAAGAGUACACCGUUAAGAUAAAGGCCUUAACGGAGGUGGUUUCCAAAGCCAUGGCAAAGUCAUUGAACUUGGAAGAGAACUGCUUCUUGAACCAAUUUGGUGAAAGAGCAAUGCUAGGAGCUAGGUUUAACUACUACUCAUGCUGUGAAAGGCCUGAUCUUGUUCUUGGCCUAAAGCCACACUCAGAUGGAACAGGGUACACCGUUAUCUUGCAAGAUGAUGUGGAGGGUCUUCAAGUCUUCAAACAACAACAAUGGUCCACAGUACCCACAGUUUCUGAUGCACUCUUGGUCCUCAUGGGUGAUCAAAUGGAGAUAAUGAGCAAUGGAAUCUUCAAGAGCCCAGUACAUAGGGUAGUAGCCAACUCAAAGAGGGAAAGGAUGUCAGUGGCUAUGUUCUAUACACCAGAACGAAAAAAGGAGAUUGGGCCAGAACUAGGCUUGAUUAACAACCAAAGGCCCAAGUUAUUCACAAACGUGAAGGAUUAUGCGGAUACACAUUGGGAAUACUACCAACGAGGGAUGAGAGCAAUUCAUGUCGCAAAAGUCUAGAACUGCGUCGUCUUUUGUCAGUCGUUUGUUAUUAUAGUACUUGAACUUCUGAUAAUGCUCAGUAUGCUAAAUUUUUGUUGGUUCAAAACAUGUAAUGUAAUUGUCCUCACCAGUUUACUAUAUGGUGCUGUUCAUAGUUUCACUCUUUUUAUAUAUUUAUUUACGAGUUAUUUGUGUGAAUA